AUGCUUAAUAUUUUUCAAGAGCCGGAAAUUAAUGAAAGUGUUUCUAAAUAUGAAUAUCAUACUUAUUCCCCGUAUCAAAACAAUUUUGAACGCAAUGACAUUAUUCAGAUUUCCAUACAACAUCAAAAUCUUGAUGUUCUCCCUUCGGAAAGUUUUUUAUAUAUUGAAGGAUUAUUAUCGACAACAGAUGUAAAAGAAAUUACAAUAAAUAACAAUACAAAACUUGUAAACAAUGCCAUGGCUUUUCUUUUUGAUGAAAUACGCUAUGAACUUAAUGGAAAGGAAAUCGAUUACAAUAGAAAUGUCGGAAUAACAUCAACGAUCAAAAAUUAUUUAUCUUUAACUAAAAAUGAAAGUGAUAUGCUGUUAAACGCAUCCUGGUCUCCUGACUCACCUAUUAGUUUGAAACCAUUUCAAUUUAAUUAUUGUAUUCCAUUGAACAAACUUUUAGGAUUCGCUGAAGAUUAUAAAAAAAUCAUUCCAAAUGCUCGACAUGAUCUUAUUAUCACUCGUGCAAGAGUGGAUGAAAACGCACUGAUCUCUCCAACCAAUGAAAAAGUACAAAUUAACAUUCAAAAAAUACAAUGGAAAGUACCCCACGUAACCUUAUCAGAUUCCAUGAAAUUAAACUUAUAUAAAUCUAUCAAUAAAAAUAACUCUAUGAAAAUUGCUUUCCGAAACUGGGAUCUUUAUGAAUAUCCCAUGUUGCCAAGUUCUGAUCAUCAUAUCUGGAAUGUCAAGACAACAACUCAAAUAGAAAAACCUCGAUACAUUGUUUUUGCUCUACAAACUGGUAAAAAUAAAAAUCUGACUGCUGAUCCUACAACGUUUGAUCACUGUAGUCUAACAGACUUAAAAGUUUAUCUGAAUUCUGAUGUAUAUCCUCAUGAAGACCUAAAUGUUUCAUUUGAAAAGAACAGAUACAGCUUAUUUUAUAGAAUGUACGCAGAUUUUCAAAAAACCUACUAUAAUAAAACUUCUUCAGAGCCUCUUCUUUCCUGGGAUCUAUUCAAAUCACGUGCACCAAUAUUUGUUGUAGACUGCAGAUAUCAAAAUGAAGCAUUAAAAACAGGAGCAGUUGAUAUACGCUUGGAGAUGAGAACAUCAAAGAAUAUACCUGCAAACACCUCAGCUAACUGCCUCAUGCUUCAUGACCGUAUAAUUGAAUACAAUCCACUUGAUCAAGUAGUCAACAGAAUUGUUUGA